AUGUCUCUGCCGCUACGACCUGCAUUGGAAAAUAUCACUUCAGUAGAUCGAGUACUAGAAGAUUUACUUGUUCGGUUUAUUAUCAAUUGUCCGCCAGAGGAUUUGGCAAGUGUUGAGAGAGAAUUGUUUCAUUUUGAAGAAGCUUCAUGGUUUUAUAUAGAUUUUGUUAGGAUUAUAAAUCCAACAUUGCGAGCUUUAAAGAUAAAAUCUUUCGCUCAAAAUAUCAUUAGGUUAUGUCCUUUAGUGUGGAAAUGGGAUAUCAAAGCUGAUGAAGCAUUACAGAAAUUUUCGAAGUAUAAGAGGAGUAUCCCUGUAAGAGGUGCUGCCAUAUUCAAUGAAAAUCUAAGUAAAAUUUUGUUAGUUAAAGGGACGGAAUCAGAUUCAUGGUCUUUUCCAAGAGGUAAAAUUUCAAAAGACGAAGAUGACGUUGCAUGUUGCAUUCGUGAAGUAAAAGAGGAGAUCGGAUUCGAUAUAACAGAUCAUAUAGAUGAGAAUCAGUUUAUCGAAAGGAACAUUCAGGGAAAAAAUUACAAAAUUUUUUUGGUAUCUGGUGUGCCUGAAAACUUUUCAUUUAAGCCACUAGUGAGGAAUGAAAUUGAUAAAAUUGAAUGGCGUGAUUUCAAGAAAAUGUCAAAAACAAUAUUUAAAUCGACCUCCAAAUAUUAUUUGGUCAAUUCAAUGAUAAGACCUCUUUCAAUGUGGUUGAGGCGUCAAAAACAGAUUAAGGGCGAUGACCAAUUAAAGCUAUAUGCCGAAGAACAGCUGAAACUGCUGCUAGGUCUAACAAAGGAUGAGCAAGUAGAUCCAGGGAGGGACUUGCUAAACAUGCUACAUUCCGCUGUACAAGCUAAUGAUACCAACUUGGAUUCCCCCUCACAUGAUCACCCUCACAUCGCCCAGAGUACUGAAUUAUGGCCACCAGCGUAUCCAAGUUCCAACACGAGUGCCCCGGUACCUCCACCAGGGUUUCCAGCUCCUUUUCCUCAGCAUGCACCACCAUUGAUGGGAUUUCAGCCUUUUGCCCCAUUCCAGUUUACUAAUGGCACUUUACCCUAUUCCAAUCCUCACAUGAUGCCUUUGAACAUGCCAUCAUUACCAGUGCCAAACAUGGGGCCACUGCCACCUCCAGGAGCCGUUCUGUCAACGCCAGAUGCUUCCUCAUUAUCAAAGCCAGUAAUUGCGUCUAAACAGGAGGAUAGCGGUAAUACCUCAUCUUCAAAACUUUUAUUAGACCUAUUACAUACAAAGCCAACCGCUUCAAAUAAGAUGACGAAUGGACUAGGUUCUGAUUAUGAUUCCACCACAAACAGCUCGUCACAGCAGUCAACAAACUCAGAUACAGUUAGAAAUCCUUCAAUAACCAAUGUGACUGAUUCGCUAGCUUUAUUGAGUAUCCUUAAAGGGUCAAAUAAUAAGACUUUUGCUGAAAAUGAUAGUACAACUGAAAGUAAAAAUGAAAUGAGAGGCAAUGUUGUGAAACAGGAAGUAACCUACAACACCGACAGAAGCACACAAAGGGAAAUGCAACAAAAGAUAUCUGCCUUGGAGAAUAAAAAAAAUGUAGCUGUGCAAGAUAACUAUAUUACCGACACUCAGUCCAAUAUGAAUGGUAAUAAGUCAGAAGUCGAGGAUGAAUCUUACGAGAACUAUGAGGAUAGCACCGAUGAAGCCGGGGGUCAUUCAGUUUCCGAAGAUGAAGAUGAAGAUGAAGAUUCAGAUGAUGGAUUUGGUUACGAAGAUUUCGAAAGCGAAUCAGAGCUGGAAGAGGAAAUGAAGGUGGAAAAUAUUCAAAAGGAAGAGGAGCCCGCAGCGAAUUCAAUUGGACAAGAUGCUCUUAAAGCCAAUAGAUUUCAGGAUGGCGAAGUUCCCCACAAGGACGAACGUACUGAAAGUGCCAAGUCAGUAGAAGGUACCCGAAUAGCCAAUGAUGCUGCAAAACCCAAACCUAAGUUCAAGUUGCUCAAACGUGGUGAAAAUUUGGAGGAUGUACUAACAGAUAUUGAUAAUAGAUCCUCUCAGAGAUCAUACUCUAUAGGCACCGUUUCUUUGGUACCUGAGACAGCCGCUGAAAAGUCUGAAUUUGAUCCUCUCCAUACACAUUCGGGAAUUCUUAACGAGACGGCAUUUAAAAAUAGUGAAGUUCUCCAACCGGAUGUUAUAACUCCAGAAAAGCAAACCCCAGAAGAGGAGCUUAUGAGUAUGCUAAAGAAACCCCACAGUAAUCAUGUUGCAUCUCAGCAACCAACGAAUGAACCAUACUCAUCCGGUCAUCUUUUGAGCAUACUCAGGAAAAUGCCUCCCAAAAAUGUCGAGGUUUAUCCUCCAACGCAACAGCAAGACCCUCCGAUGUCCGCUGAGAACAAUUUAGAUGCGAGUUCUGUGUUGCUAGGAAUUUUAAAGGGUCCAAAAGGUGUGAACAUCACAUCUUCCACGCGUUCUGAUAUCCAGUAG